UACUGGGAAUGCUGCGUAGUGCUGGAAUCAAGGUGAGACUCAUGCUGGAGAUGCUGCGCAAUGCUGGAAUUAAGGUGAGGCCCAUACUGGAAAUGCUGCAUUAUGCUGGAAUCAAGGUGAGACUCAUGCUAGAGAUGCUGCGCAAUGCUGGAAUUAAGGUGAGGCCCUUACUGGAAAUGCUGCAUUAUGCUGGAAUUAAGGUGAGACUCAUGCUAGAGAUGCUGCGCAAUGCUGGAAUUAAGGUGAGGCCCUUACUGGAAAUGCUGCAUUAUGCUGGAAUCAAGGUGAGACUCAUGCUAGAGAUGCUGCGCAAUGCUGGAAUUAAGGUGAGGCCCUUAAUGAAAAUGCUGCCCAAUUCUGGAAUCAAGGUAAGAUCCAUGUUUGAGAUGCUGGGCAAUGCUGGAAUCAAGGUGAGACCAAUGCUGGAGAUGCUGUGCAAUGCUGGAAUCAAGGUGACUAGAACUUGCCAGCUCAGUUGGUCAAAUGCUGGACUGCAAAUCCGACUGCAAUUUCUCGCCAUAUGACUUGUGUGGGGAUUAUAUAUGAUAUUCUUUUUAACUGUCAUUCUACCCCUACCUGAUUCAAGUAGGAUAUUGGUCAGUUACUGGCAUGGUAUGGGCAUUGGAAAAGUUUCAGUAGAGUAACUGACUGCAGUGAUAUCACUGAAAUUCAAAGGAAAUCAGUGAAGAAUCCAACUAAAUAUAUAUCUUCUUUAAAUCAAAGUAAGUAGGAUGGUUUAAAUGUAUAGCUAGCUUGUUUAAACAUUAAUUUCUGAUGGUAAGCUAUUUUGUGUGUCUUUCCUGUGUCAACAAUUUUCUUCAAGUGACAUCACCUGAAUGGCCUGGUGGCUUUUCAAGAAUUUCACAUGAAAGAUCCUAGGUUAACUCCUUCAAAGCAUUUAAAUCUUAUCAGUCAGUUGAAUAUGAGGAUCAUUUGAGCUACACAAAUAGAUUUUUAGAAGUAACACUUAAAAAAUAUAUUCUCUGAAACUGCAAGGACAAGAAACAUAGCAUGUAUCCCCACUCUGCAAGGCCAAGAGGUUUGAUUUAUGGUAUAUAACAUCAAAUUGUGGUCAUCUGUAGAAAAAAUCAAAUCAUGCACCUCGGGUCAAAACUGGCCACUCUGCAGGGGUAACAUAAUUAAUACAGACUUACAUAGAGGAAUGAAAUUUGAAAUCGCUGAAACCAUGUUGACCUUAUGUAACACAAUUUAUGUUGCAUGAUUCACUUACAGUGGUUGUUAGCCUGUUGCAGAGGUAACAUUAUUAAAACAGACUUGCAUAGCAAAAUAGUAUUUAAAAUCGCUGUUACCAUGUUGACCUUGCAUGCAAUGCAGCCCCAUUCCCAAAUGAAAAAAGUAUGUAUUUUUCCAAACGGA